UGCUGUGUUUGUCGGCGGUUUGUUUGUAUUGUUUUGUCUUCCUGCUACUCUCUGGUGCUCCGUCCAGUUUGCACGGAGCACAGCGGUUUAAUUCAACUCAGAAACUAUCAGUAGAUAUCCUAACUGUGUGAGGAAGGAUGGAUGAAUCGAUGAAGCGUUUACUGCAGAGACUCAUGAGACGGAUACCGUCUCAGAUGCUGAGAGCAACGCUGGAGAAGUGGGGUCGUCUGACUGAGAAACAGCUGCAGUCUCUGGAUGUUACUCAGACUAAAUGGGUCUUAACGGAACAAUUUCUAGCCAUCAGCGAGGAAAAUGAGCUGUCAACGAAUCACCUCACAGAACUGGAGAUGAUAUAUGUCAUGGACAAUCCAAACCAGGGGAUGUGGUAUGCCUUCCAGCUCACAGACCCUGAAGAUGAUGCUGACUCUGUAGAGCUGACCCAGUUCAAGGAACAAUUUAAAUCUCACCUCAGAGAGCUCUUGAGACAUGUGUCUGUCAAGAUAAAGAAGCACACAGAUGAGGCUGUAUGGAUUCGGAUUGCAUGGGGAAACACCUUCUCUCGGCCCAACCACCUGAAACCAACAUAUGCUGUUCACUAUCUUCAAACCCCUUAUGUCUUUGUGACCAGCAUGACUGCAAAGCAAAAGCCCCUGUUUUCCCAGGCCGUGUCUAUGGCCACCAGAUAUCAAACUCUCAAGGAUGCUAACCUGAGUGGACGGAAAUUCACUGCCAUUAGGGACCUGCUGAUGAGGCAAUAUCAACAGGUGUUUCCAACCAAGCAUCCCAGUCCUCUUGCAGAAAGUAACAAAACUAUCUCAAACCCACACAUAGUAAGAGAACAAGCUGGGCCUGCAGCAAAAAGACUUCGGAUGGCCUCGGAGGCCUUCGGUGGUGGGAUGUUACCUCAGCUCCAGUCUGCAGUGUACAAGCUGGAGACCAAAUUCAGAGACCAAACAAAUAAGACCAUGACCGAGAGGGAGGAGCCCUUCAGAUGCGUUGUCAAAUUUGCCAGCACCAACCUCCUGGAGUCACUCAGACACUGUGCAUCUUCAGGAAUUGCCUCCACCCCUGUCACUCCUCUGCUCUCAUCUAUCCCCCGAAAAGGAAGGAAUUCUUUUGUCAUCACAGACAAUGGCCCUGGUCCAUCUAACAAGACGCGCCAACCACAGAACUGAUGGCCUGCCAUGUCUAGUCCACCAGGGUUUGCUUUUACCAUUCUAUCAUUGAUCUCCUUGUUCAAGACCCUGUCUUUGUGUUUUUAAUUUUUCUUUUCUUUCCUCCUACAGUUGCAAACAUGUCAGUAGUUGAUUAUAGAUAAUUGUCAUUUUAUUAUCUUUUGUUGGUGUUUAAGUGAAAGAAUGUUACUGCCAUGAAAUGUUGUAUAUGUCCAUAUUAAAUAUAAAAGCAGGAUUUAUAAUACUCUUGAA